AUGUCCACUCUGGCAGCGGAUAUGGCUUUCAACUUCAACUUCGACACUUGCGAGUCGCCCAUCCAGGGCCCCGAGUUCGCCUUCGACUCCUCCUUCCUCCAGAUGCCCCAGAUGCCCCACCACCCUGGCCAUGCCCGGUCCAGCUCCCGCGGAUCUAUCUACUCUGUUGUCUCCGCCGAUCAGAGCCUUGACGCUUCCAUCGCCAUCCAGGCCCAGCCAGCCUCCAAGAGGAUCAGGACCUCGACCUCGCCCUGCCCUCCCAAGCCCGUUCGCAAGACCCACUCCAGGAGCUACACCAGCCCCAACGUCAUGAGCUUCAACAUGCCCUUCGUUGCCCACCCUGAGGAGCAGCAACCCUCUCUUCUAUGCUCGCCUGCCCCCUUCAUUGCCCAGCAGCAGCAGCAGCAGGACCAAGCUCGCCGCUCUUCCUCCUGCGACCCCUCCCCCGAGGCGACUUACAUGUAUGCGCCUGCCUCUGUCGAAGAGUACGCCUCGCGCGAGGUUUCUCCCCUUGCCUUCUCCGCUGAGCCGACGCCCACCACUACCCUCAUGUCCUACCUGACUGCCUCCAACCCGGCGCCUUCUUUGGUCCGCACCAUCUCCUACCAUCACCGCGACCCCAACACCAAGAACUUUUGGUGGGAUGUCCGCCAGGUUCGCCCCUGGUCCAACUUCAACGCCUCCACUAUCCUCUCCCUCCCUGGCGCCGACACCCUCCUCUCCUGCCCUGUCGCUCUUCCCCUCCUUCCUACCCCUCCCACGCCCUCCAACCGCCACCCAGAGACCGAAGCUGCCCUACACUCUAUCUACGCUUCCUACUAUCUUCCCAAGCUUAACUCUGCCCUCGCCGUGUCCUCCACCCGGCCUGUGAUGCUCUCAGUGCCCCUAAGCCGCGCCGCCAUGUUUGGUGGGAAGCCUACCGCUCGCGUUGUCGGCCUCGUCCGCUCCUUUGACCGCUUCAACACGGGCAUGCGCGCUGAGGGCAACAUCAAGCGCGUCGAGUACCUCCGUGGCCUCGCCGCUCUCCAUCACGCCAUGCGCGAGCACUCGUGCCGCUACGGCUUCAUUCUCACCGAGAUUGAGCUCGUCGUCGUCCGCAACGGCACCGACGGUACCCCGCACUUUGGCUACCUUGAGAUCGCCAGCAUCCAGCUUGCCAGUGCCUCUGACCCGUCCCUCGCCUCCGAGGCCCUCGACGCUUCCUCCCUCGAGUGCGGCGAGGUACCCUUGACCGCCUGCCUCGCCCUCUGGGGUCUCUGCAUGCUCGCUUCGGGCGACCAACUCCCCGCCGGCCACGCCCACUGGAAGAGCGAGAUUGGCGCCCCUGCCGAGGGUACCAGGCGCAAGGCGCUGCCUCGCGACGACUGGAUGCCCCAGCCCCAGCUCGCCGAGAAGAGGGAGGCCAAGCGUGCCCGCGGCUGGGUCCUACCUGAGGAUCCCGUUGGCAGGAAGGAACUUGGAAAGCGGGGCGUUAGGUACUCGGCCUGUUAA